CCGCUCACCUGUCAGGCCGUGCCCAGGGCCCUGGCGCUGUUCUUGGCCGUCCUGCCGCCUCCUGAGCCACCACAUCGCCACAGCCAGACCAGGGGCCCGGCCACCGCUCUACUACCGGCCGCCGCCAGCUGCCGGUACCCCAGCCCCAGCCCCAGCCCCCUCGCGCCGCCCGAGCGCGCGCAUGCGCAACGGGAGAGCGGUCCUACGGCCCCGCGACCGCAGGGUGGCCUCGCGCGUGCGCGGCAGGGGCCCUGUCUUGGGUGUCCACGCCGUCGCCUGACCGUUCCAGGGUUUGAUCGCCAGCGCAGCUUUGCACUGCCCAGACAGCUGGGCGCUAAGGGGAUACCCAGCGCCUUUAGACUUAUCUUAAAUCGGGCAUCUGCAUCAACACUUAUUUCUGGGGUCUCCAUGGAAAGCAGCUCCCGAAACAGAACACCUGCCCGGCCCGCCCUUCGCUGCACUAGAAAACCGCCCCGGGACGUUCUGCCGUGGUGUCCCCCUCACGGAGUUCCGUUUGUCUGCUUGGUCGGUUGUUCUCUGGAGCCCCAGGACCCAGGCCGCUUGUAUGUGCCUGCGGCCGCACGGCCCCAACGCGCGGACUUCGAGCGGUACCGGGAGACCCGCGCGGCCUCCUCGGAGUGGACAGUGAAGCAACUGGGCCAGGCGGGGGGGCUGGGCCUGCCCAUGGCGACCCGUCCACGUCUCCAGGACCUCAGCCUGAGCCUCUUCGCAGCCUCGUUUUCUGUUGACCGAGUUCUGCAAGGGGACAAGAGGAACCACAGCGUUCUUGCACUUGAGACCGCUGUGAUUUUCUGACAUUUUGGAGGCAGAAAUGCCUGGGAAAAGGCCCACAGAUGCAACUGUCAUCCGUAGUGCCGAAAGGGAACGGAAAGCGAUUACCCUUGACAUCAAAUUGGAAGUGUUACAACGAUUUGCAGCGCGUGAGAAGCUCAGUCAGAUCGCAAAGGCCUUAGAUGUUGCUAUCUCUAGAGUGGCGACCAUCCGACAUAGUAAAGAAAAAGCGAGUUCGCAAAUAGCUACUCCUUUGAGAGCCUCUCGGUUGACUCGCCAUCGAAGUGCAGUGAUGGAGAGUAUGGAGCGGCUGCUGAGCUUGUGGGUGGAACACCAGAGCCAGCCAAAUGCCCCCUUGAGCGCCGCCAUCGUUCAGGAGAAGGCUGAGUUUGAUGACUUACAGCGUGAACAUGGCGAAGGCUCUCAAACGGAGAGGUUUCAUGCAAGUAAAGGGUGGCUUUUGAGAUUCAAGGAGCGCCGCUGUUUGCCCCACUUCAAGAUGAACAGCGCAGCUCCCAGCAAUAAGGACAUGUACACAGAAAUGCUGAAAAGCAUCAUCAAAGAAGGUGAGUACACCCCCGGGUGUCUUUAACGUAGAUGGGACAGGACUUGAUUGGAAGAGAAUGCCCGAAGGAACGUUUAUUUCCGAGGAAGAGAAUGCUGAGCCAGGGUUUAAGUCAUCCAAAGAUCGCUUGAUGCUGCUGCUUGGUGGCAGUGCAGCUGGAGACUUUAAGUUGAAGCCCUUACUGGUGUACCGCUCGGAAACCUGCAAGGCUCUGAAGGGUACUUGAAGCCCAGUUUGCCCGUGAUUUGGCGCUCCAGCCGAAAGCCUUGGGUGACCAGGAGCAUCUCUCAUGAAUGGUUCACUUACUUUUUUUGCCGUUGAAAAAUGCUGUGCCCAAAAUAAUCUCACCAACAAAGCAUUGCUCAUACUAGACAGUGCGUCAUGCCACCCUGUAAAUUGGAGCGAUCUUUCUGAUAACUAAAAGUGGAGUACCUUCAGGCCGGGCGCGGUGGCUCACGCCUGUAAUCCCAGCACUUGGGGAGGCCGAGACGGGCGGAUCACCUGAGGUCAGGAGUUCGAUACCAGCCUCAACAUGGAGAAACCCCGUCUCUACUAAAAAUACAAAAUUAGCCGGGCAUGGUGGUGCAGGCCUGUAAUCACAGCUACUCUGGAUGCUGAGGCAGGAGAAUUGCUUGAACCUGGGAGGCAUAGGUUGUGGUGAGCUGAGAUCGCCCCAUUGCACUCCAUCCUGGACAACAAGAGUGAAACUCCAUCUCAAAAAAAAAAAAAAAAAAAAAAGGCCGGGCGCGGUGGCUCAAGCCUGUAAUCCCAGCACUUUGGGAGGCCGAGGCGGGCGGAUCACGAGGUCAGGAGAUCGAGACCAUCCUGGCUAACACAGUGAAACCCCAUCUCUACUAAAAAUACAAAAAAUUAGCCGGACGUGUUGGCGGGCGCCUGUAGUCCCAGCUACUUGGGAGGCUGAGGCAGGAGAAUGGCAUGAACCCGGGAGGCGGAGCUUGCAGUGAGCCGAGAUCGCGCCAUUGCACUCCCGCCUGGGAGACAGAGCAAGACUCCGUCUCAAAAAAAAAAAAAAAAAGUACAACAACAAGAGUAGAAUACCUUCAUGACAGUACAACUGACUCAAUCCAGCUCAUGUGUCAAGGUGUAGCCUCUACCUUCAAAGCUCAUUAUCUGAGAGGGACUUUUGAGCACAUCGUAGAAGCAACAGAUGGUGAGGAUACAGCUAUGAUCAGGGAAUUUUGGAGAAACUACAGCAUCAUAGAUGCUGUGGACAUGGCCAUCGCAUGGGAGGAGCUCACACCAGCACUAAUGAACAGAGUGUGGAAGAAGAUUUGGCCUGAGUGUGUUCAGGCCCAGCGUUUUUCCCAGGCAGAUAACAUUGCACAGCUUCAAAAAAACAUUGUGACCCUUGCCAGAAAUGUGGCCUUUGAAGAGGUUGCUGAGGCUGCUGUGGACCAGUUGCUGCAGUCCCAUGAAGAAGAUCUUUCAAAUGAGGAACUGAUGCGGCUGGAACAGGAGCCGGCAGUGGGGGAGGAGGAGAGGGAAGAUGGUCCCUGGGCGCUGUGGCAGCUAACCACAGGAAGACUGCAGGCAGCCCUCUCACAUUCUGAGGCUGGCUUGCAGGUCCUUGCUAGUAACAGCCGUAGUGAUGACUGGAGACUGGAAGUUCCAGAGCAAUCAAUGAUGCAAUAAACUGCUACCAGGAGCUGUACAAUGAGAAAAAGCGCCACUCAAAACAACUCUCUUAGGUCAUUUUUCAAUGUGUGUAACCAAAAGUUAAUCAGAAUAAAGAAGAAGCACCAUGAUGACCUCAACAGUGGAGGCCCACCCAGGCCUCCCUGCUCUGUGGUGUUUGACAUCCCUGGAAACCUUGCUGUUGGUAUUUCCAUUUUGAUACUUGAGAGCAUCAAAUUUUGUCAUUAAAAUGUUAUUUAGAUA